AUGCUUGCGAACAAGAAGUUGGCUUCGGUCGGCAAGUUGGAAGAGGAGAACACGAAGCUGAAGACUACCAUUUUUGAAGACAAUCGGGAAGUUGAGCAACUGAAGAAGGACAAGGAGAACCUGACCAAUGAAGUUGGAGGCCUCAGAGCCAGGACAGGCGAGCUGGAGUCCUAUCUGGGACAACUUGCCGCAAAACUAGUCCUGAAGCUUGAAGAACUUUGUCAGGAUUUUGAGGCUGAGACCGGGCGGGUCGAGACAGGUCACGACCCCAUCAAUUGUUCCAUGAAAGAUGAUGUUGCGAUGAACUUGCUGCGAAAGGAAAAAAAGGGUUCGUUUAAGCUUGCAACCUUGCUGUCCUUGCUUAAUAACGGGCCUUUGUUCUUAUCCUGGGCCACAAACCUGAAGGCUCUUCCCAUCCAGCUCAUCCCACUUGUCAACUCCCCUCCGACUCCGAGGGCACGGGCGGCGAGCAUGGCGGCGGGGCCGGCGGAAGCCCUGAAAUCCUUCGAGGAGAGAGCUUCCGAUGCCGAGGCACGGUUAGCAAAGCUGGAAGCCCUGCUGCUGAACAAAGAUGGCCCCUCUGAGGCAAGUUCAUCUGCCAUGAGAGAUCUUGAGUCAAAGCUUGACGCAACCACCAAAGAAUGUCUUGCUGAGAAGGAACAGAACCGGAAGCUGACCGUGGAGAACGAGAAGCUCCAGUAUCGUGUCUCCCAUCUCAUCCGGACAAUCAAAGAGGCGGAGGCAAGAUAGAGAAGCCUCUGAUAAGCUGGACCUCGUAAAACUAGUUCUAUUUGGGAUUCGAGAGAGGCGUUCAUCUCGCAAACCUGUCUAUGUGCUCGAUGUUGACAUCAUUGUUGGAGUUAGAUUAAACUGUUGUCCUGAGAUUGAUGAAAUGGGCCUGGUACGUGUUAGCUUAUAUAGCAGUAAUGUGUUGAUCA